UUGCAUUUUGCAUUUCUAUUGCAAUGUGAGAGUGAAAAGUUCUAAAUGUAUAUUAUAAUUAUUGACUUGUUAUCUCCGAGUAUUUCAUAUUUCAAUAAUUACAGUUUAUUAUUUUCUUAUUAAAAUCUUUUAUAAAUUAAAAGAGUCCAUAAGUUCAAUCAAAUCACGUUUUCGUCGAAGCAAAAUUUUAUACUUGUCAAGAUGUCGGUGAUACUCUUAAACAAUUUUGACAAAGAAAAUCGUCAAAAAAGCUUUUGAAUAUUUAUAUGAGCUUAAAGCAGUGUGUAUGUGUAUAUACAAUAUAUUAAAUUACGCCACUAUGAAUAAAGUAGUAGACGACAAUGUACAGAUUAAUUGCAAUCAGAUUAAUACGAAUACGAAAAACAAAAACAAAAAGGCCAAAGAUCCUUCGGAAACAUCCGAUGAUAUAAGUAUAUUGGACGAUAAAUUGAGCGAGGCGAUAGUUAACAAACUUCAUAUUAAAGACAUAAUUAGUAACCUAACUAAUGGGACAAGUGACCAUUCGAAAGAGGAAAGUUCCAUUGAUGCUAAUGAUAUAACUGAAGCACAGGGAACUGAACUGACAUCAGUCAGUGAAGGUGCAAUAAAUGUAAAUAGUGUACAGUUUAGUGACACCAAUAGUCAUCAAGGCAAUGAGAAGAUAAGCUUGCCUUCUAAUUUGGUCAGAUGUAAUGAUGAAGGCAAUAUAGAAGUUAUCAAUAGUAGUAUCUCUUUCCAAGAUGAAUCAACACAGGAUGAAAUUGAAAUUAUUUCAUAUGAAUCUGAAUUACAGAUGCCUGAAAUCAUGAGACUUAUACAAAAGGAUCUAUCUGAACCAUACUCUAUCUAUACAUAUAGAUAUUUUAUACAUAACUGGCCUAAACUUUGCUUUUUAGCAACCCAUGAAGGGGUAUGUAUUGGUGCCAUUGUAUGUAAGUUAGAUAUGCACCGCAAUGUUGUUAAAAGAGGCUACAUUGCAAUGUUAGCUGUGGAUAAAAAAUACAGGAAGCGGGGAAUUGGCUCUAAGCUGGUGAGGAAAGCAAUACAAGCAAUGAUUAAUGACAAUGCUGAUGAAGUGGUAUUAGAAACUGAAAUCACAAAUAAACCAGCUCUAAAGUUGUAUGAGAACUUAGGGUUUGUUCGUGACAAACGCUUAUUUCGAUAUUAUCUUAAUGGUGUAGAUGCAUUGCGAUUGAAGUUAUGGCUAAGGUGAAAUAUGUAGGUAACUAAUGGGAAAUUCUCAAUGUUGUGUUCUACACUUCUGAUGGCUAUGCACUCAUGGCAUACUCUACAUAUACCUAAACAAACUCUACUGUUAUUUUAAUGGUGUAACCUGCUGUUGCCAUGUGGAAUUUAGCCAAAUGUAUAGUUUGUUUCAAUAUUUUAUAGUGAUGUGAUAUGUUUUAUUUUAUCUAAUUUAUGUGUUACAAAUUGUUAAUUAAAAUAUUUUCUGUAAUUUCCUUUAUAUCACAAUUUUAGAUUUUAAUGGUAAAUACCCAUACCAGAAUACACAACUUUGAUGAAUUGAAAUGUAGUCAGUGUUUAUAUUAAACCCAUUAAUGGAGGUUUGUCAAAAGUAAAUUAAUGAAUUUUCAUUGACUGAAAUUUACUAAUAUUACAUUUACCACUUGAAAAAUGUAUCAACAAUUAAGUUUAAAGAAAAUGAAGUGAUAGUAAACAGAGUUUGAGAACUGCAUAUAUAUCCUUGUAUUAUUUUAUAGUAUAUAAAAAUUAUAUUUCCUACUAUUUUAUCUACAAUUAUACUAUAGUCUUAUUAUGGUGAUAUAUUUGUACCUGUCCUGGGGAGACAAUACUAUGUUACAUAAUUUCUCAUCAAGUGUCACAACUCACAUUUUCUUCUAAAAAGUGUAAUGCAUUUAAAAAUAUUAAAUUA